AUGAAACUAUUUUUGCUUUUUGACUCUUUCCGGAGCCAAAAGGAGUGGCCCUUUAGAUUUCUGGACUCUUCGGCGCGAUUCCCGUUUUCGGGUCUUCUCGACGGAACGAUUGCCGAUUUCGGCGAAUUCGACGAAUGUCUGGCCAUAAGUCACGCGCAAAACGAGUUCUCGGUUUCGGGAAAAUACUGUUUAUUGAAUGUUUUGUUUCCGAAACCGGGAAACACUUCCGAAACCGAACUGCGCUUCCAUUCGGCGCUCGUCGACGUCACGAACACUACACUCGACGACACGCUCUUCGCGCGCUUCGCCCGCAACGCCAACCUCUUCUACAUCUCGCGCGGACUCACUCUCGGCGCGUGUUUUCCCGACACGUGUUCGGCGCGCGAUCUGCAGACUCUGGUCUCGAGCCUUAUUGAACCCACGAUUGGACUCAAAGUCGAAGUCAAUUCGUGUCAAUCACGUGAUUCUCGCCCUCCAAUCACGACCGCGCAAAUGGUGGCCAUUGCUGUUCUCGCGUCGCUCUCCGCUGUGACUCUCGCGGCAACAAUGGCUGACUUUUGGGGGAAAGAAAACCAAUUUAUUAUUUGUUUUUCGAUUUCCAGAAAUUGGAGAAAACUGUUCGAAAAGAACACCAAAACGCGCGCUCUGUCCGCCGUUCACGGGAUGCGCGUUCUGGCCAUCCUCUGGAUCCUCAUCGGUCACGUCUAUUUGAUGCAAUUCUUCCACAUCUUCCAUGUGAUGCGCCGUCUGGUGGCGGAGAUGCCGAGACUCGCGCAAAUCCAAUAUCAACCCUUGAAAAUGGGUUCUUUCCUCCAGGUGGACACUUUCCUCUUCCUCGGCGGAGUGACCGCCGCUUACGUCACUCUCGACGUGACGUCACGCACGAAAAGGCGCUUCGAUUGGUUCGCGUUUCUGGCGUUGCGAUGGUUGCGCUACACGCCGGCCGUGUGUGGGCUCGUGCUGUUCUACCUGCUGCUGCCGCUGUUGGGCUCGGGACCCAUUUUCCAGCAACAAAUCCAACAAAUGUAUAUUCCGUGCGAACAAUACUUUUACCGCAAUCUUCUUUAUUACAACAAUUUCUUCGAUUCUGACGGAAAUUGCGCGACUCACACCUGGUAUUUGGCGGUCGACUUCCAACUCUACGCUUUGUCUCCGCUUCUCAUCUUUGCGCUCAAAGCGCGUCCCAAACUGGGCGUCGCGUUCGCACUCACACUCAUCUUCAUUGUUGGCCCCCUUUCGGCCGUUUCGCCCCUUUUUCUCGAUUCCACGCUUUUCCCGAAUUUGUUUUCUUUGAAUUCCAUUCUUUCCGAACAAUCCAUUUCUCGUCACUUCCGUCUCUUGUAUUGGGGCGCGUGGCAACACAUCUCUCCCUAUUGUUGCGGACUCGUCGUCGGUUUCGUCGUCCACUCGCGGCCAACACUGCGAGUCUCGCGCGCCGCACAACUGUGUCUGUGGUGCCUCACUCUCACGUCAGGCGUCGCCACAAUCUUCUGGACCACGAAUUGGAUGAACUCUUUGGCGGCCGAAGAAACACCCGGUUUCGCGCACCGCGCGCUCUUCACGGCCUUCCAUCGCAUCACGUGGACAGCGCUGCCCGCGUGGAUAGUGCUCUCCAACGCGCUCAACACUCCCGGUAACCGUCAUUAG